AUGAUAUUUCGUCUGUCAACUAUUCGUAUUCUUGUGAUUUUAGUUCUUGUUACUACAAUCAUAUGUACAAUAAUUUCACGAUGGUUAUUUCCAAUUAGUUCUUCUCAUAAUGCAAAUAAUAGAAUAGAUUUUUCUUCUUCAAUAUUGGAAAGUAAACAAUCACAAUCCCCUCCAUCAAUUUUAAUCGAUGCGCCUGUACGUGAUGAACUUGUUGGAUUGCAAUUUCGUCCUCUCAGGAUUUCACCAAGUGAACUUAAUCAACCAGUAUUAAAACAUGAAUAUAUAACAAAAACAUUAUCUUAUGAUGAAAAAUUAUUUCGUGAAUCAUCUACUCCUAUUCUAUGGUUAGAUGAACAAAGUGAUGUUCGAUGGAAUAAAGUUGCUGAAAAUGGUAUGAUAAAUUAUCUUACUCAAAAACAAUUUCCUAAUCUAGACCGAAUGGGAAAAUCAUCGUUGAAUAAAGAAGAAAUAUUAAAUAUAUGUCGUGCACAAUCACUCUUUGCUUUACAUCAACAUUGGUCAGGAUUUUUCAGUCGAGUACUUUGCUUUAUAGCUCAAUUUGGUCAAAUACUUUAUACUCCUCGUAUAGGUGUACUUCGUGAUGCUCGAUUUUCAGGUUCACGUGGUGAAGUAGAUGAUUUUUUAAAUCAAGGUAUGAAACGUUAUUUUUUACCAAUAUCAAUUUGUUCAGCAUAUGAAUAUCAUCCUGACAUGAGUACUUUAAGAAAUCUAAUUGAAACAGCACCAAAUCCUUUACAUAUAAGAAGCAGUCAGGAAUUAUAUGAAAAUGGAAAUAAUAGAGUAGAUCGUAUAUUUUUAUCAACAGAAUUUUGGAAAAGAGACUAUCAUCAUGUACCUAUACGAAAAUGGUUAUUUGAUCGAAAACGAACAUCAAUAUCAUAUAAUUCUUCAGUAGAUAUUCUUACAGAUCAUUCUGAUGAACAUAUAUAUGCUCCCAAAAAUGAACAAAAUGUUUCUAUUGGUGAAUGGAUUGAUAGAAAUAAACCCGAUGCAUUUUCUUCUGAUCUUUUACCAAAUAAAGGUAAUUAUGUAUUAACAUGGAAAGAUUAUAUAUUCGGUUCAUUUCUUCGUUAUAUGUUUGUAUUAUUUUUUGGUUCACAAAAUUCUCCACGUAUUGAAUUUGGUGUUCGAAUAUUAACUCAAUAUUGGUUAAGUUAUAUCGCUGAUAAAUAUUCUGUACCUUCUAAUCUUACGAUAUUUGAUAAACUUGCUGGUUUAUAUAUUCGUCGAGGUGAUAAAUCAAUUGAAGAUUCAUUUUGGCGGAAACAUGGGCAUUGGCGGAAUAUUUCAUUAUAUAUUAAAGCUAUUGUUGAUGAAGAACAACGUCGAAAAACAAUGUUUAAAUAUAUUUUUGUUAUGACAGAUGAUCAAUCUGUUACGGCAUCAAUACGAGAUUAUACAAAACUAGAUUCAAAAGGUACUGAUGAACCAUAUGCACGACGAUAUUUACGUGGAAGAGAAAUUCUUCAUAAUGUAUUGGCACCACAAGAAUGUUUUGAUCCAUUUCUUCGUAUUGGAUUUGAUCAAUUUCUUGUUAGUAUGCGAUUUUUAAUUGAACAUUCAGCUUUUACAGUUGGUCAUACAGAUUCGAAUGUUUUUCGAUUUUUUCGAGAAGUUGUUUAUGCUCAACGACAGCAUCGAACAGAUGUACAAACGUUUACAUAUGUUCGAGAUGCUCCAGAUUCUUUUGAAAGUAAUACACAGCAACAAACAACAAUAAAAAAUAAUUAA